AUGGCGACCUUUCAUUGCGUUCAUCUGUGUCGUCGGCUGCGGACUUCACUGUUUUGUAGCUCAUCGACUUUCGAUCAACUUACUGUAACAUACCAGCUCAGUGUAAGGGGAAAUAUCGUAAUUCGAUCGUAUUCCAAUGUAGGAAAAACGGCUGCUUUUAUGACGAGGAGCACAAGGCGAGGUAAAUACUGGCAAUAAUUAAAGCUUAUAAGUUAACUCUUAAUUUUUAUUUGAGUGAAAGUUUCUGAGGGUGAUUGUGUUUUGGGUCUGAAUGUCAAAAGAGAACGUCUGAAUUGAGAAGAGCUUUUUUAGCUUGUGCAAAUGACUAAGGUUGAUGUCCAUAACAGGUAAUAAUGUUGAGGAGAAAUGAUUGAAUUUCUGUUUUUAAAAAAGUUGCUGGAAAGCUUCCUCUCCCUCCUCCCUCCUUCCCCGUGGGGUAGGAACUUGAACAAGUUUGAGCAUAAAGCUGCCGCUGUAUUGAAAUGAAACCGGAAACUAAAGUGGCUACCCAUUAGAGGACAAUAACUUGUACUUUAUGGCUUAGACCCUGUUUACACUGGCCCGGACAAAUUUUGGAGUGGACCUGUGCAACCCGUUCACCAAAACCGUGCAAAUUCUGUUGCAGAUUGCAAUACUGUUUGCCAUUCAAAAACUUGGACGGCUCCAUCCACAGGUCCCUUGUAAAUGAAAGGUGGAUCCGUGCAUGUUUUUAUCUGUUGAAGAAUUUUGUUUGGACCCAUGUAAAUGGGGUCUUAGUCAAUAUUUCAGACCUUCUAAUUCUCACAGUUUGAUUGGGGACUCAAGGUUUGGGCAGUCAACUCCUGGUCUCACAAGUUAGCCUCCAAAUCUCAUGUUGAAUAAGACUGGCUUGUUCCAGGCUCUCAGAUAGUGGGGAAGACGCAAAAGUAAAACUCAAUUCAGAGGAACCGACUAUCUCGGAGCCAGGAACAGGCUAAAUAAGGUAGAUGGACAAUUCUAGUAAGAACCGCAUUAUUUAAAAAAAUGUCUUUAAAAGGGACAAAUUAUUUUGGUGGGAAACCUGAGCCAAUUCCAACCUCAUUGCGGUAAAACAUAGGUUUGCUAAGGUCUAUGGGAAAGCCUUAUAGCAUACUCACUUGGCUAUAUUCUCGCUGUCCUAUCGACCUGAAUAGUGAAAUAGAAUCUUCUCAACACUGCCAGAAGAGUAACAAAAGAGUGAAAGAGAAGAGCACUAAUAGGGUAAAGAAUACCAUGACAAAAAUAAUCUGCCUUUUUGGUUUUAUUUGACACAUCUCCUGGUUUGAGGUCCCAAUCUCCAGGUGUUUGGGAGCUUUUUUUCAUACACUCCAGAUUUGCACGGUUAAGGGGCUGUAAGGUCUGAUCAUAUUGUAUACAGGUGAUGACCUUAACUCCCUGCCCCUCCCUCCCCUCCUCAGGCAUUUGUGAACUUGUACUUUCCCGCAGUAAGUUGGGCCUUUACCAUCAAAGUUUUGCUUGGGAGUGUGGCAUUUAUCUAUUCUCCAAGCUGUGUAAGAAUUUUUGUUUCAUUUUCAGGCCUUGGCCUAUUUAAAAGUACAUGUAAUUGACAGUAUUUUGGAAGCCAUUUGAGCAUUUCAAAAAUGCAAAGUUUUAUCCUCACUUGUGCUUGCAUAGCACAUCCCACAAGAUUCAACAUUUCAUUGAGAAAAGGAAGGUACAAACACAGAAAUUGUUUUCAUAGAGAGACCUAUCAAGUCAGAACUAAUGAAUUUGGUGGUGAAUUCCAAGGUUGCUGCCUUUAACAUAAUUAUUUUAUUGUAAAUGAAUUUGCCACUUUUAAGAGAAUUCAACAUAAAUUAUGUUAGGUUGUGGUAAAUUCUGUCUGUUUUUCAUAUUUCAAAAUUAAGAUGAUUUAAUAACCCAACAAUCAUUUCCAAGGAAAGUUGAUUGAUUGACCUCCAUGGUACUAUUUGAUUUAGUCACCAACAAACUUUUUGAAAUGACGGUAAAAGCACAUCGUUUUGGAAAGAAAGACCUUUUUUGGGACUAGCAUGCAUGAAAUUGCCCUGUUCAGGAUAGUGAAGACAAGACCUGGACUAUACCUUGUGCAGCUGCAUGUCCUGGGCAUGUACAGACCAGAAAGGGAAGUUCUUCCCCUCCCCCCCUCCCUCUCCUCCAAGGAUAAAAUAUCUUCAGUUGUCAACCCAACGUUCUGUGCAUUUUGAAUUAUUUUGAUUUAUGUAAUGGUUGUGAUUUCUUUUGUCCCAAAUUUAACUUUUAUUUUGUUUAGAAAAACAGAGAAGGCAAGAAAGACAACAGAAAAACAAAGAUAUACAGCACUGGAUGGCAAGAGUGAGUAUUUGUUACAUUUUAAUCUGGUCUGUAACUGGGAACUAGUGGGCUUAACAAAGAGAGCAAUUUGAAGAUUCUGACUAGUUAUUUUUAAACUUUGAGUUAAGGUGUUCAUUCGACAAACCAUCAUAUUAAAGCUCAGUUAUAUUAAGGAUUUAACAUUCUAGUGAAAAAUAUUUAAUGAUUAAUAGUGUUAACAAAUAAUGAUUACAAAUUGAACAAAUAAUGAACAAAAUUAUUAGAGUUUUAAGUGGUCCAAAAAAUGAAAAGAAUAGCAAGUGACAUAAAACAUUAAAAGGUAAAAAUAAUGUGGAGAAAGUAAAGGAUAAAAUUAGCUAAAGUUGGACAGGAAAAAUGAAACAUUCAAAAUGAAAAGUAACAUAAGUGGCAAAUAAAAAAGAAAAUAAAGUGCAAAUGAGGACUCUUGGCAAAUUCUAAUGUGCUUUUUAGCCAUCAAGGGACAUCAAUAAAGUGUGUUACUGUACACAUGUAAUAAUGUUGUUCUCAGUGCACUUCAAAUCAAAAAAGGAGAACUUGGAGAUUUUUUUUUGAGGUGCAGCAUGUGCCACUAAAGAAUUUAUAUGUUGUAGUUCAAUUUUUUUUCUGCUUUAAAUUUUUUUUGAACCAGUUCAAAAUUUUUAAACUGGUUUUAUUUUUUUAUACCAGUUUAAUUUUUUCAAAUACGUCACUUUUUUAUUUUACUCAGGGGGAGUUUAUUCUAUGUAAUCCUUAAGUAGUGAAUUAAGUGAUUAAGAUUAAGCACUCGUUUUACUGAUUAGGGUUAAGCAUUCAUUUUACUGAUUAGGGUUAAGCAGUCAUAGGGUUAGGGUUAGGGUUAGGUAAGGUUUGGUACCCAAUGCUUUUCCACUCAGUCAAAGAAACAACACCAGUAUUGGUACACAGUAAUGGCUUUUUAACUUCUUGAACCUCGGUAAUAAGUACUACUUGACAAAUUAUUUAAAUACACUACAUAGCUUUCUUGCAUGCUGCAGAAAAUGUCAGCUCAGUAGUGUAAUCAAGUUCAAUGUUCUGAGUAGUAGCUGUGCAAGGAUAUAAUCGGGUGGGUGAAAUUAAUGUGUUUAUUCUACCAAAUUUGGUCACAACACGUGCAUAGGUGUUUACAAUUUCUUCAACUUUUCCCAGAAGAAGAUUUGAAUGCAGAGGUGAUGUCUUGUCAACACGGUCAAAUUUUAUAGAGACAAUGUCUCCAACUUUAAAUUUUCUAGGCUGUUUUUUUUUUGGCUUUGGGUUACCAUUUCAUUGUUGUACUUUUCUUGAUUUUCAGUUAUUUUUUGUUGUUUUCUGGAUUGUUCCUCAUGAUGUUCACAUUCUCUAUGGCUUUUAAUACCAUAAACAGCCUCAUAUGGCGUCAUCUUUAUUGCUCGAUGGUAGCUUAUGUUUCUAGUAUAAGCUGCUUCUGAUGCUUUUUCACACCAAUUUUGAACACUUGUGGAAGAGGUGCUCAUUAUUAAUGCUCUCAUAUCCUCUUUCCAAGAUCGAUUUGAUCUUUCAACCAAACCUUGAGUGGUUGGUGUUUGUGGAGAACCAUGAGCCACUUGAAUGCGAUUUUCUUGACAAAAUGCUUCCAUCUUUUUGUUUGCAAAUUCUUUACCAUUGUCGGUAAGGAUUUUUUUCGGAAAGCCAUAGGUGUAGCAGUAGCGUUUGCAUCCGGUAAGUACUUCGUCGGCAGACUUGGCCUUCAGAGGUGUUACGUAAACAUACUCAGUAUGAUGAUCAGUUAUGUUCAUGGCCCAUGUGUGCUUCUCAGUACAAUCACAAGGAUAGUUGCGGAAGUCCAUUAAAUCUAUUUCUAAGAGAGAUAGAAAUGUCGGAGAUUGAAAAGGUUUAUCAACAAGCUUAACACGGCUAGUAACUGACUGCUGCUCCGCAUGAAUUGGGCACAGGCCAACAAAUAUGGCUACCACCUUCACAUUGACUGCGGAAUAGUUGUUACUGAUCCAUUUAGAAGUAAUUUGUCGACCACGAUGAGCAGUGCGAUUGUGAGCGAGGGACAACACAUUGUGAAUGUCUCUUUUAGGGACCACUUUUCUCUUGUUUUGUGUUAUUAUUGAGUUGUCUGAAUAAGCCCACUGCUUUCUUAUGACUGUUGAUUUUUCCCACUUCAACAGCAUGGGUUCUUCGGAUUGAAUUCCAAGCUGCAUCUCAGUCUGGUAUUUAAGAUAGGCUUUUGCUUUAUGAGGGUUGUCCAAUACUGUCGACCAGAAUCCAGUCGUAUCCUCUUGCUUUCCAUCGGAAAACCGGAAGUCUCGUGGUGUAAAGUCCUACCAAGUGUUUGGAUGCAUUGGACACGAAUAGAUUCCGAUGGAAAAGUUCAUUUUCUAUUCGUGAGAGACUUAGAAAAAUUCUGCUCAUGUUGGAUGAAGGGGGUGGAAAGUCGUUCCGAUGGAGUCCAUCGGAUCCAUUGGACACGAAUAGAUUCCGAUGGAAAAGUUCAUUUUGUAUUCGUGAGAGACUUAGAAAAAUUCCGCUCAUGUUGGAUGAAGGGGGUGGAAAGUCGUUCCGAUGGAGUCCAUCGGAUCCAUUGGACACGAAUAGAUUCCGAUGGAAAAGUUCAUUUUCUAUUCGUGAGAGACUUAGAAAAAUUCCGCUCAUGUUGGAUGAAGGGGGUGGAAAGUCGUUCCGAUGGAGUCCAUCGGAUCCAUUGGACACGAAUAGAUUCUGAUGGAAAAGUUCAUUUUCUAUUCGUGAGAGACUUAGAAAAAUUCCGCUCAUGUUGGAUGAAGGGGAUGGAAAGUCAUUCCGAUGGAGUCCAUCGGAUCCAUUGGACACGAAUAUAUUCCGAUGGAAAAGUUCAUUUUCUAUUCGUGAGAGACUUAGAAAAAUUCCGCUCAUGUUGGAUGAAGGGGAUGGAAAGUCAUUCCGAUGGAGUCCAUCGGAUCCAUUGGACACGAAUAGAUUCCGAUGGAAAAGUUCAUUUUCUAUUCGUGAGAGACUUAGAAAAAUUCCGCUCAUGUUGGAUGAAGGGGGUGGAAAGUCGUUCCGAUGGAGUCCAUCGGAUCCAUUGGACACGAAUAGAUUCCGAUGGAAAAGUUCAUUUUCUAUUCGUAAGAGACUUAGAAAAAUUUCGCUCAUGUUGGAUGAGGGGGUGGAAAGUCGUUCCGAUGGAGUCCAUCGGAUCCAUUGGACACGAAUAGAUUCCGAUGGAAAAGUUCAUUUUCUAUUCGUGAGAGACUUAGAAAAAUUCCGCUCAUGUUGGAUGAAGGGGGUAGAAAGUCGUUCCGAUGGAGUCCAUCGGAUCCAUUGGACACGAAUAGAUUCCGAUGGAAAACUUCAUUUUCCAUUCGUUAGAGACUUAAUAAGAUUCCACUCAUGUUGGAUGAGGGGGUAGAAAGUCGUUCCGAUGGAGUCCAUCGGAUCCAUUGGAAACGAACAGAUUCCGAUGGAAAAGUUCAUUUUCCAUUCGUUAGAGACUUAAUAAGAUUCCGCUCAUGUUGGAUGAAGGGGGUAGAAAGUCGUUCCGAUGGAGUCCAUCGGAUCCAUUGGAAACGAACAGAUUCCGAUGGAAAAGUUCAUUUUUCUAUUCGUGAGAGACUUAGAAUGAUUUCACUCAUGUUAGAUGGAUUCCACUCAUGCCAUGAGGGGGUGGAAAGUCGUUCCGAUCGAGUCCAUCGAAUCCAUUGGAAACGGAUAGAUUCCGAUGGAAAAGUACAUUUUUCUAUUCGUGAGAGACUUAGAAAAUUCCACUCCUGUUGUAUAAGGGGGUGAAAAGGCGUUCCAAUGGAAGCCAUUGUAUCUAUUAGAUUCGAAUAGAUUCGAAUGCCUGGAGAAGAACAUUUUCUAUUUGUAACGUCAGGUCAAAAAUUGUCAUCAUGUUGAACGAGGUGGAAAAGUGUGCAACGGAGUCUACUGCAUCAGUCUUUGCAGUGGAGAGGUUUAUAAGAGGUCGGGAAAAUGGGUAUGUAAUCUUAAUUGUUUGGUUCGCGAGAAAAGGCUAGUGAAGUCCGAUCAUCCAUCAAAAACUGCAUCGCAUCAUGAGGUAAUUUCUUUUUAAAAGCGAACUCGUAUUUGAGAUAAUUCAGUAUAACAAUAUCUGUGUAGCGAAUGGCGGUAGCGAUAUGCGUUCUCUAUUCGUCGAACUCCCGAAUUUCGACAUGUUAGUUCGUUGUUAUACUCCAGGAGAAGUGAAACAAGUCAAUUAGAUUUGACAAAGUGAGCGUGCUACAGGAUCAGGUAACGCGAACUGUUGGGAACGCGAAGGAUGCGAUCGAGGGGGACUAGAAACAAGAGUUGCCUGAUCGACAAAAUGGCCAAGAUGGCGCAUCUUUCGAUCAUUGACUUUCUAAAAGAAUUUACGAGUAAAGAAUUCGAACGGCUAGGAAAAGGUAUAUGGAAUUAUCUUAAAUUGCACUGUUCCUUGAAAAUGUGGAAUCUUUCGAUAUUAAAUCACAGCAUAAGAAAGCAAAAACGUAACCUGAAGUGCGAAUUUGGAAUUCCUCCGAGGGAAGAAUCGACGGAGUUAUCUAUUUUGAAACUCGUAAAUGGAAUCUCUCAGUAGGAUUUUGGCAUCCCUCCGAAGGAGACGUUUCAGAAGGGGUUUGGUAUCCUUAGAAGGAGGUGUGUUGCAAAUGGAAUCCCUCAGAAGGACUUUGGCAUCCCUCAGAAAGAGAUGUCUUUUGCCUGAGAUUUUGAUCCAAAAGUAAGUAGCCAGGAAAAUACCUGACUAUUCAUUAUCCUCAUGUACUUACAGUUACUAUACGCACCACUGCAUGCAAGUACAUGCAAGUAGACCAGUUGGCAAUUCAUUAUAAUGUGUUAGAGCUGUAUUGAAGUGUAGUUUUUAACAUUUACUUACCCAAGUGAUGAUAAUUGUGCAAGUCUAGGUUCGUUUAUGAAAUGGUUUGGAACUCCUCAGUUCCUUAAAAAUGACGAAUCUUUUCAUAAUAAAAGCAUAUUAAUGAAGCAUAAACCUUAUGUGCUGAUCAAUUGAAAAUUUUAACAUUCCCCCUGCCCCCCACCCCGGGUAUUUGACACACUAUUUUGUGGUAAAUUGUCAUUGUUAUCAUUGGUAGAAAUACGCCCAACUUACUUUUAGACGUCCAAAACACUCACCAUAAAUUAAUCCACACCCCAAACUACAGGCAAAAGUACCCUGGGUGUGACACGGUGUGAUCCCCCCUUUGAAAAUUCCUAGCUAUGCCCCUGAUGUUUUGUUGAUAUUAUAUUUUUGACAGGAUCAUGCAAAACUGGAAAUUUCAAAUCUCUUUUCUGUAAAUUGAUCCUUUAGUUCCAGACCUUUCAAGGCAAGAAGGAAGGUUUUAAAUAAUUGUUUGGAGGGAGUUAGAUUUUGCGAUUCCCUCUUUAUACAAAGAGGUAAGUUUUAAAUUCAAUUCCGGCCAUAGUACCACACUGCAUUACAAAUCAGAAUUUCUCAAGCUCAGUUGGAAUUUGAGAUCAUAUAUUUUUGUUUUGUCUUGUCGCUUUACACUUGAAAAAAAAAAAAAGAAUAACGAAUGGUGCUGGCUAUCCACAACGUCCAUCCAACAUGGAUUUCAGUGAAAUUUGUUUUUGCUUUUAAACUUAGAUGAAACUUUAUUGUGCGUUUAGUCGAGUGCACUUAUAAAUUGGGUCACGUUGGCUGUGUAAUUUCCUUUUCUAUCGUAGGUAUGGCAGACAAUGAUAGCGACGAGGAACCGGUCUUUUCUUUAACUAUAUAUGCUAGCUUUGGCAGGAGUGAUGAGAUCAGCUGAUCUGACAAUUUUAAAACCUUCCUUCUUGCCUUGAAAGACCUGGGACUAAAGAAUCAAUUUAUAGAACUGAGAUCUGAUAUUUCCGCUUUUGCGUGACCCUGUGAAGAAUAUGAUAUCACCAAAACAUCAUUGUAAUGUUCUGUUUUUAAGAGCUUGGGAAGAUCUGUAAACCGUUCAGGACAUUUUUUUACCAAAUUCUGACCUGCAACCUGCAAAUUACACCCCUCGAGUGGAAAUAUAACCAUGGCCAUGUAAUAUUUUUAGAGGCAAUAAAGAUGUCACCUAAAAUUCCAAUUUUCCCUCACCUGAGAUCAUGCUCUGAGAACCGCUAAAAUUGGACCUGAUCUCAGGUUAAAUUUUCCCAUGGGCAACCAAUCAAAAAAAGCAAAAUAUGUUGAAUCGAAAAUAAUGAUCUUUUUUAAAUGCCCUCAAACUUACUCCAUUUUCCAUAAAGUAUUUACUUUUUGUUAUCUGCUAUACCUGAACAAAGUGGGGAGAACCCAAUCUGCAACAUAAAUAUGUACACAAUGCUAUUUUCUGUCAUGGACUUCUAUUUGACAAUGCAACAAUCAAAUAUAACAGAUUUUAGUGAAAGGAUACUCUUAAAAGUUUAUUAUUACAAUAACACGAGUAAUAAUUUGUUCAUUGUAGUUUAGAGGAAUAGAAUGAAAGUCUCCAGCACGGAAAAAUUAGUCUAAAGAAAGCUCUGAUUUAAGACAAGAAUGCAUUUCAGCUACAGCACAUACACCACAUAUAGCAUCAGGUAUAGAAUAUAAUUUCUGCAAGUUUGUCUUGAUUUUGAAUAAUAAACUACCAGAAGGUGUUAAACAAAUUUCAGUAAUUAUGUUGGCAUGAAAUGACCUUGAUACUAUAUUUUUUGCUCAUGAUCAGAGAGAUUUUUCUUACAAAACUUUUUUUUCCAACAAAAUUAAUCUGCAGAAUAUCACCCUCCCCCUCCAAUCAAACUGAGUCUGGUAUUAGGGUGUGUUUUGCAACUCAGAAACUCUUAUGGCAGUGGAUAAAAGCAGAUAGAAAAAGAAACUCUCUGGCAACAUCUGAUGUGAGGAAUUCUUCUAUGUUAUUUUAGAAAACACAUUCAAGCCAAAACAGGAUGAUCAAGCUAUGUCCUCUUUAUGUCAGAUAUUUGACCUCUACUGGGCCUCUUAUGACUUGUCAUGCCCUCAAGAGAAAAAGAGAGAAAGAAAAUAGUUACAGUGAGGUACUGUAAUGCAUGUAACUGUUGACUUUGGAAUUGUUAAAAAUUUUAUUUUAAGAGUUUGUUGAACAGAGCCAGAAUUAAGGUGGCUUGACUGGAUUUAGGGGGGAUACCCCCCAAUUUUGAGCAUUAACUAUGUCAGCAUGAGUAAAGAUAUCCAUGGGAAAAAGGUUACCCCAACUGUAUUAUAUAAAGAUGAAAAUUUCUUAUGAUCUGGGUUUUAUUGCAAUUAUCGGAGUCACCAUGGCAAUGUAAUGACACCAUUACAUUUUUUAUUUAUCUUUGUGUUUCUCUGUACCAGGAGUGUUUUUAAGAAAACGCUUAAGAGAUUAUGUACCUGCCAUAAUUGCCUCAAUUAAGGCAUUUUGGAAAUACAGUGUAUUUUCAAACAAAGUUUUAAGAAUCAUAAAAGCAGUGAAAUAGCAUGCUAUCCACACAACUAGCUAAUCUUUUAAGAAAAUCACAGCAACUCUUUCUAAAAGUUGCUGUGAUGUUGUAACCCAAGUAAGAUAAUUAAUUGUGAAAGGUUUGAACCCAGGAGUCAUUUCAAAAGCAGGUUGAGUUUGAUUGUCCGGGUGAACGUAGUCCUGAAUAGGACUGUUGUUGUUGACAGUGACUGACGUUUCGACAGCCUGUGUGGUAGUCAUCUUCAGAGUCAAAGUGAGUUGUAUCACAUCAGUUGAUGGUAUUAUACUCUGGUUAUUAAUCUGGUUGGUCAAUUACGUUGCAAUGUUAUUGGUCAUCUGUCAGUUAAGCCGUGAUGUUAUUGGCUAUGAAGACUCGUAAUCAGUAAUCGAUCCGUCUAUUGUCACAGUUAAACAGUCGUCUAUUGUUAGUCAAAUUGUCAGUUCUCCAGUAGUUCUCUCAUACAUGUAGUUAGUUGUAUUACAUCCUACAUGAUGAGCCGUGAUGUUCACCGUUUCGAUUCUCACUGCUAUCCAUGAGACAAGGCAAUUAUUAGCAUUUUCCGGAUAUUUCUUUGGAAAGUAAUUAUUUAGAGUUCUUUUAAAUGUAAAUUUAUUUCUUUUGCUAAUUGUACAUGUGCACAUAUAUGAAACUUGAAAACAAUGCCACUGAAUAAUGAGGACACUCACUAAGGGAAAAUAUGGUUAUACAUGGUUGUCAAAAGUAGCCGGCUGCCGGUGAAAAGUGCCACCUUCUUGGUUAGUAUCGGCCGGCUACUCUGCUUGGCAUUUCUUUGCAGAUGACGUUUUUUAAAUAAAACAUCCCUGGACUGGCUGCUUACUUUGACAACUCAGUCAUCUACUUCAAAACUUUCUGACAACCCUGGUUAUAUUAAAAGCCUUCACUGUUUUCAAUGUUCUUGGAACUUGCAGGGUAUAUUUAUUAACAAUUGACCUUGAGAUUGGUAAGUUUAUGAAAAAAUUUAUCAAGUGCUUUUUUGAAUAAUGUGAAAUUUGUAGGCAUGGACCAAAUUAUGUGCAAAAACUGUAACAAAAGCAGCUGAAUGCAGGUUAUUGAAAUUCUUCUCACUCGCGUUCGCCCAGAGCAAUUCCCCUCUUUUUAUUUGUACACAGUUUUCAAUGGAAUCAAAUCAUCAUGAUUAAUCAUUAUUUCUUAACAUAUUAGCUAAUUGUGUGGAUAUAUAGCAUGCUAUUUCACUGUUUUUAUGAUUCUAAAAACUUGUUUCAAAAAAUUUCCAAAAUGCUCUCACAGAAUUUGUUCAAACUUUGCUAUAAUUGAAGCAAUUAUAGCAGGUACAUACUCCCUUAAGCCUUUGCUAAAAAACACUCCUGGUACAGAGAAACACAAAAAUAAAUAAAAAACAUACUGGUUUCAUUAGGUUGCCAUGGCGACUCCAUUUGCAAUAAAACCUAGAUAAUAAGAAAUUUUCAUGUUUAUAUAAUACAGGAAUGUUGUGGUAGCCUUUUUCCCAUAUCUUUACUCAUGCUGAUGUAGUUAAUGCUUAAACUUGGAAGGUAUUCCCCCUAAAAAAUCCAGUCAAGCCACCGUAUUUAAUUUUGUUUUCUCUGUCAUACCUUUUUCUUGCAAUCUUUCAUAGGUAAAGAGAGAUGAGGAAGUGAAGAAACCUAUCAGGUCUGGUUCCCCCAAUGACAUUAGGAACAAGGAGGAUAUCUCAAAAAACGAUCAGAAAUCUCCCCUGUACCUACUAAAGCUGUUAUCCCACCUCCCAAUUCUGACAAUGAAGAUAACAAGUGAGGUCUUAUUUGCAGAAGGCAGCUAUUCCUGAAGAAGGCACAGAUGGUGACAGGUGAAAGAAGGGCAAAGGGACGGGCCUUGCUGGAAGCUUUGGAAAGGCCAGGCAUCAGUCAGCUUCAGGUGCGGGAGUUCCUAGAGCUGGCUGAUGAAAACGGACAAGUGAGACCAGCCCCUUCAAAGCAGUCUGAUAAACCUUUUUUCAUUCCUGAGUCUCCUUUGUAAUAGUUAUCCUUUUAGUUCAGCUCGUCGUUGUUUUGUUGUUUUUGUUUUGUUUUUUAUCCCAUUCCUCUCCUGGGAAUUUUGCGGAGAAACUUGUUUUGAAGCUAGUGGCUUCGUUUUGUAGUCACUGUUUGGCUUAUGAGCUAAAUCUUACCAGAAGACUGUUUAAAGGUCGUGUAGUUCACAGUGUUCAGUUACAGAUGCAAAUUGAAAAUGUUAUUUUCAAAAGUUGGGGCAUGCAUAGAAAGCAUGAGAUGGUUUCGUGGUUUUAAAGUAACACAGCUGCAGUCACAAAUUUCGCUUUCCCUUCAUUAUUCGCUUUUAUUGCUACCCUUUUUUUCUUUCAAUGGACACUACUGUUACUGGCUUCAUUUGGGUGGGGAAAUAUUGGGAAAGCUUUUAAAUAGUAGAAUAGCAGGAAGUGAUUGGUUAAUUGGAACAUAAUUAUUUUUGCAAUUUUUAAAUCAAUGUUACAUGGUUUUUUUGUCUUUUCCUCUGGCCCCCUGUACUGAAUAUUUGUGCUCACUCUUCCUCUUCUUCAAAGCUUUCUUUGACAAGGGCAUUGAGAAUGGAAUGAAAGCAGUGCAGUGGCUAUAAAGCUAAUAAAAUACAGUGCAUGAUGCAAUGCCAAAGAAAAUUUUUUGUUAAGUACUGUUAUGAGAGGAGAAGUAAUAGUAAAGACCUUUACUAGCUUGUGGUUGCUACCGCAGGUGCUAUGUUUCCCCAAUGUAGGUCAUGUGUGACAACAUUUAGGGCAUGGAAAUCAAGCCUAGCCAUGUGAUGGUGCUCCAAAAAAUGCUUUCUUUAAAAUUGUGUACAAGUCACAUCAAUAAUUUUUGGACACAAGACCUAUAUAAAUUUUAAGGUUAUGAUGGGUAAAUUGUGGUGAGAACACCUCUUCAUUCACACUGGGGGAAAGCAAAACACAAGCUAAAAGGAAUUUACUGUCUCUUCUUAAGAUGUUAUACCACUGUCUAAUAUUCAGCAUAAAAGCUACAAUCCUGCAUUGAAAGUUUUUGGAACAAUGAUUGAGUAUUUGUAAUUUAUUUGUGCCCUGGCUCAUAGCCAGGUGCUACCCUUUUGAAAAAUACCCUGUGUUAAAUCUAUCAAUGUUUCCCCACACCCUUUACAUAUUGAAACUGUCUGCAUAUAUCCGACAUAUUUCCUGUAGGGUGCAGAAUAGGGUUGGGCAUGCAUGAUUUUACAUGAAAAACACAAAUUAACUCUAACUUGUUAUAAGAAAUUUGUCCAUGCUUUUCUCAACAAAGGUAUGAUUAAUAGCAAUCCAACAGAGAAGGAUCAGUAAGCCUUGCUGGAAGCAGUGAAAUAUUGUUUCAACAUGAGAAGAGAAAUUUCAUAUUUCCGAGCGGCCAUGCAAUAUGUUCCAUUUAUUUUAUACCACUGAAAUACUUAACCAUUUCACUUAUUAAAUGAAUAAUUUUUUUUCUGUAAAAGGUGUGAGUUGUUAUAUUGUACCAUAGCAGUGGUGAUCUUUUGACAUGCAAAGUAGACUACGUGUAGUCCCCAUUUUCCUCAGGGAUAGUAGAGCGAGUGAACGCGGCGGCGGCGUAAAAUCACCCCACGCGAGAAAAAGCGCGGCGUGGGGUGAUCUUCACGCCUGCUCGCGUUUCGCUCGCUCUACUCCCCUGAGGAAAAAUGGGGACUAUUUGUAGUCUACAUGCAAAGAUAACUUACUUGUUAUUUUGACAUGUGAAGAUAUCAUGUUUUCGAACACAAGCUCACCCAAUAUUUCAUUGGCGUUUAUAAAAAUAUGAUAAAAAGCAUAUUUCUUUCAUUUUUCUGAAUGGGACCCUUAGGGACCAGUCAUAAUUUAAGUUGGAGGGGGGUGGAGGAGAAAUUGGGGGCCUUCAAUUUUUUUUGGAUGGAAUAUGGGGUGCCUUAAAAUGCCAAAAGAUGACCUUGGGGGGGUCUUCAAGUUUCUUUUAAGUAGCAUCCCUACUGAGCAGCAUGAUGUUUGAGCAUUAAAGGACCUGAUUUUGAUUCAGUUUUACACAAAGUCCUCAGAUAUUGUGUAAUACCAAAACAAUUUAAUCAGCAUUUUGACAAAAAGAUUUAAUGCUCAAAUAGUAGGUGCAUCAACACAACAUCCAUUAUUGUGUAACACUGAAACAAUUUCAUUGGCAUUUAAACAAAUGAUUACAUGCAUAAAGUCAUGUUAUGCAAUCUCACUAUCGGAAUCAUUAUUUGUAGAUGAGGUUGAUGUGGACUCACUGUCUGUGUCACCGUCAAGUUUUUUGCUAUUAGAGCAUGUACUGCUCAUAUAAAAAGCAGUAGGCUGAUUAUCUUCUUUCUUCCUUGAAGCCGUCCUGUCAGCCUCUCACCUUUCGAUGGCUUGUCUUAUCUCAAUUAUAACACAAUCACGAAUAUAUCCUUGCUCUAUAAGCUGUUUGAGAGGCUCUAGGUGAAAUCUCUUUCUCAGUUUAGUGUGAAGUGCUUCUCUGUUGUUAGUUGGCACAUUCGGAAGUGACAGUUAGUAAGAACGGUAAAGUAAAGAAAAUGUUAUUUGUUAUUACCAUUUGGGUAUUAUGUAUAAGAAAGGGGGGCCCUUAAAUCUUUUAACAUGAUUGAAGGGGGGUACCUAAAAAACAUGAGUGCUAUUAGUGGGGGUCUGGAAAAAAUUUGGAAUAAAAAACAAUUUCUCCUCCAUCCCCCCCUCCAACUUAAAUUAUGACUGGUCCCUUAUGGAAGAGAUCUAGAAUCAUCCAGCUUCAAUUUCUGUCUACAGCUGGUUGAUGUGUGAAGUGACCAGCACUGAUUUAUGUAAUGUUUUAUAUAGCUUUUUAUCACUUAAUGUUUUUUACUAAGUAUUUUCAAAACAAAUAAUAAUUCAAUAUUGCUCAGGUUUAAAACUUCAGCUGUUCAAUAACUUCAUACAUUUUGUAUGUAAUGUCAGUUUCAAUGUUAUGCCUACCGCCUACCAGUAUGUUUCUUUUAAUAAUUCUACUCAAGUGUAGCUCAUAUUAUAGUUACCAUUAAAGAACGAAGCAUAUACUUGUGUACUGUCCUCGUUUCGCAGGGCUUUUGCCCCGUUUCAUAGCUUUACGAGACUCGUGGCUUUAAGCGUGCCAGUCCGUCUCGAAUAAAGGGCCUAGGGGACUUAGUGUUUAAAGAACGAGUUAUGUUAGGUGGGUACCGUGCUUGUUUCGACACGUGGGUUUAAGAACGCGUUAUGCCAUUCGCGUAGCGUGCUCGUUUCGGCUCAUUGCUUUAAGAACGAGUUAUUAUUUUUGUGUAGCGUGCUUGUUUUGACUCAUCGCUUUAAGAACGACUUAUGUGUCCGACGUCCGUGCUUGUUUCGACUCAUGGCUUUAAGAACGAGUUCUGUUGCCUGUUAGGCUUGCCAUUCUCGACUUAGGGCUUAAAGAACGAGUUAUGUUACACGUUCAGUGUUCUUGUUUUGACUCAUGGCACGACUAGACUUCCUGAGAUUCCAUUGGAAUCGAUGUGUUUCCAAUGGAUCCGAUGGACUCCAUCGGACGACUUUCCAACCCUCCUCUAAGUAUUGUUUACACUUCCGGUUUCAUGUCAUGACUAAACUUCCGGUAACUCAAGUGGACUCUACUGAACUUCCGGUUUCAUUUUUCGACUAGACUCCGUCGGACUCCAGGUUUUGUCCACUGGAAUCUGGUCGAGAGUAUUGGACAUGUGUGUGCUUUAUCGAAGAAUGAAUCCUCGAUAAAGAGCGUUAUCUGUGAUUCGUUUUUGGUCUGUUUGUUUUUCAAGGCAUCCAACUGCUCUUGGUACACACGGUACAUGUACAUGAGGUUCGGCCAUGUUUCGAGCUCUAAGUCCCACUCUAGACCAAAUGCGCAUGUUUUUUACUGUAUGAAUAUUUCAAGAACAAAUUUGGCCGAGCGGAGGGGAGUCUGGGACUAAUUACUUAUAAUACCAACAAAUAUUCAUCGCUCUCCAAAGAAUUCUACCGUGGUCUAAUGGAGAGAAUGGAUGGCAACAGAUCUGGAGGUUGGUGGUUCAAAUCCUAGUAAGAACAAUAUCAAAGUGAAUAAAUAAGUAGCGUAGAGGCAGAGUGGUAAAUAAAUCAGGGGGGUAAAUGAAAGAUCCUGUGGGGUGGUAGGCUAGGAUAAAAGAGUAAGAGGAGAUGUGUAGAUGAUAAAUUGCAGGAAAAGUUCCAUCCUUCCUCCCUCUUCUCUUUCAUCUUGCAUCUAAUUCUUUUUCAGAACCCCCCUUAAAAAGCCAAGCCCCAAUUUUUCAUCCACACCCCAAAAAGAAAAGGCCCUUUUUCAGACAGUUGAUUAAAAACUGGUUAACAAAAAUUAAACUGGUUCAAAAAAAUUGAGCUGGUUUGGAAAAAAAUAAACCAGAGGUUAAAAUUGAACUACAACAUAUAUAUUUGUGUAGGUGUUGAUGUGUAUCAUCACAUCAUCUUUAACCCUUAUAGAACCCUACCAGAGGAGUAAAAAUGGCAACUGGAUUAACAGAUUGGCCUUCAGUGUAUUCAGGAGCCAAGUCAUAUCACCCAUCAGUUGUACCUAUUUUCUUUAGAAUGGGGCGAUUGAAGCACAAUAGACCUGGAUUUGCUCUCCCUUUAAGAGCACUGGGAAACCUAGAGCUUAUGAAGGUAUGUUAAAUUGCUUCACAAUAUAUUUGUACACUAUGUCAUUAUUGUCAUUAUGAUUAAUAGUCAUCAUUGUUGGUAUGAUGAUGAUGAUGAUGAUGAUGAUGAUGAUGUUUUCUAGUAAUAGCCAAAGGUUACGGAGUGUGGGUGACAACGAUCUAAGGUCAAACGCUUUCGCUACAAUGCAGUGAGUGCUUUGCGCAGGUUUGUCGUGACAGAUGGUCAAAACACACAUGAUCAGGUAACGAGGGGUAGAAGGUUGAAACACGUGUGAUCAACCUGCGUUCUGUGCAUUCCAUUCAUUUUUAGUGGAAGUCGAAAUGAAUGCUGGCCACACUCAUGCAACCCAUGCAUAAUUAACAACCUGGAGAUUAGGAUUGCGGGCUCUUCAUGUUGCCCGCAAUUAUUAUUAUUAUUAUUGUUGUCAUAAUAAAUUGUUAUUAUUAGCUAAUUUAAAAGAAGUAAGUAACUGCAGUGUGAUGAACAUAAGAGGUACAAUAAAUUAUCGGUGGAUUUGGUCUGUGACUAUUAAUACUGUGCUACAUUUGUUAUUAUUUGGCUUUAAAAUUUUUUCUUAAAAAUGCAGUAUUUACCAAUUGAAAACUAACAUAUUCAGCUGGUUAAUUGAUUGAGAUUUGUUUUAUGCAUUCUCCAUUUAGAUACCCAACUUUUUUCACUUGAGUCUACCUGCCAUUGAAAGGCAUUGUCAAGCUUUACAGCGUAAGUUCAAUAAUUCUAUCAUUAAUGAUUUCAAAUAGCUUUUAAUAUGAAAUCAUUUUGAGAAGCAUCACUCUUUGCUUGCAAGCUGUUGUCCAGGCAGGUAUAUCUCUGGUGGAAGGUCUGAAGCAACACUUUGAGGCUGAAAGAGUUGAGACAUCUCAUCUCUUUCUUUUCAGCAAGUGAGGGAGACAUCUCACUGGUCGAGUUCAAUUCACUUAAGACGAAUAGGUCCUUUGCAACUAGUCAUUCACAGGGUACAAAACCGCCAUGCUGGAGAGCAACGGAUGCAGUGCGACAAGCCAACAAACACCAUGUGAAUGACAAGCUGCAAAGGGCCUGUUAUGGAGGAGAAGCUUCUUCCUCACAGUCAGGCAACUGUUGCAAAAUUGCAUACUUUUCUUAUUUUAUUUAUUUGUAACUUCAUCUGUUUUGCUGUCAAUGUAGCACUUUGUACAGAAUGGCCAGGUUCACUCGAACUUUCAUCAGUUCCUCUACGAAUCACAACAAGAAAUUAUCUAUUUGCGGGGCCCUCACUUUACCACCCAGGAUCAAGAAAAGUCAAACUUCAGGUGUUGUAAAAUGUUGUAAAAUUUUUGCAAAAUGUUCAAACCAAUGGCAGUUUUAAGGACUGCUUGUAACAAGGUGAUUGUCAUCUUGUUGGUCCCAGUGAUGGAGAAUUUAUCAGAAAACUUCUACCCAGGGGCUUUAAAAAGAUAUGUGGUUUUCGCUUUAUCACCACCCUACCCCACAGUUAAGGUUUGAAGUUAAGGAGUCAAUACCCUCCUCUCAUAAUUGAUUUAACUGACUAAAGUUAACGGAGAGAUUGUUCGCCAAAGGCAAUGCAUAGCUAAUUCAAUCUUUCCAAAGGCGGCGUGAAUGUGUGAUUGUAAAGUUAAUAAUAUUAAAAGUACCAUUGUUAUUAUAUAAAUGGUGAAAAAUAAGAUAUUUAUUGUUGAGUUUUGUAUUUCCCUGUAAAAUAUAACAUUUGCAGGUUAUUUACAGGAAAAUGCAAUUUUGUUGUUGUCCCGGGGUGGGGCAUUUGCACACUUUUUUUAGCCCCACCAUGGGUUUUUGCAGCUUUUCCAAAAAAACAAAAAUGAUAAAUGCCCGACAAAAACCCGGGGAUGGAUGGGCACCCUUGGAAUUGACUGAGCCUUAACACUAUUCGAUCUUUUACCUAGUUCCCUUGCGACCGCAACACUACACCUCCCCUUUUUUAGAGUGCGGCAGAAAGUCCUUGUAAACAGUGUUCCAUGUAAACGUUUGAGCUUGCGCAGACCGUUGGGGUCCUGUCCGCUUGCCUGUACUUCUGCUCCCGGCAAAACUGGAGAUGGGUUGUCGGUUGUGUUGUAGGGGUACAGAUCCGACGUUUUGCUUUCCUUUUUUUGAGUUUCACUUUUUGUUCUGCCGUAAAAGGGUGUGGUCUUCAAUCACUAUCGAGCUUGUGAAACAUUUCUUCUUUUUUUUUAGGCUGCGUAAUCUUUUAUCUGCGUUUUCUUUGACGCGUCUUUCUCUUUUCAAGUGACUGAUUCUAGCCAUGGACCAUUAGAAUGCAAGGAUUUUUGCAUCGUGUUUCAGUUGUUGUUGUGUCUUUUUUAUGCUUUUAGGACAUCUUGUGUGUUUUUGAAAGUAAAAAGUUAAAGCAGCCUGUAUGACAGGCGUUCGAAAGCAAGUGAACACCUCCAAUUAUUGUGCUAUAACUGUAACAUGUUUAGAAAGAAGCCAGGAAAUGACUUCCGAUUUGCGUCACCCACUUAGAUUAGCCGCCCAUGCCUGCUAUUUGCAGGUAGAGAGCAAUGUAAAUUUUCGUUUUUGAUGUUGAAGUGUUGAAAUAAAUCAAACCUGAUCUGUAAACUUCAUAAUUAUAGGUUUAUGUAACAGAUUUGGUUUUGGAUGAGCAUGCAAAGAAGAAGUUAAUACAACUUGUGGGUCCUCGUUACAAUCCCGACAAUGAUGAGCUCACCAUUGUGGCAGACAGGUACAUUUAGUUGUACAAAGUAAUCGCUGUUUAGUGGUUCAUUCAGACAUGUAAACAAUAUAACACCUUGUAGCUCAACCUCUCUUUCUCGUUUAAAGAAUUAGACCAUCUGUAAAGUAGCCAUUGUAAAACCUAAGAGUUAACUCCAUAUCUUUUGAGUCAGCAGGUGACUGACAUUUCAUGUAACACCCACCACGUAACGGUAUAGCCUUGAAGUAGACUCAUUUCCAGUAGUUUCCAAGGUCAAAUUGGAUGAAAACACACUGAACACAGUGCAGGACUUAAAUGGCCGUCAGCCUUCCCAAAAUCUCCCACGACCCCAAUUUUUUCCCAGGAUUUUAUGUCUGUAGUUUACUUAUACUAUUGAGUUACCUCUAAGGCACAUGUACGGCAUAUUUAUUUGUUGAUGUUAAACAGAUUAUUCAUUUAGCAUCGGGAGACAACAAUGCUGUAACUUUGUAGGUACAUGUAAUUCUUAAACGAAACAACUUCAGAGCGAUCUAAUCCAGCUUUUUUUUUGCUGAGAAUUCACUAGAUGCCUAUAACAGGCGUACAUUGCAAAGCAUUGGUGUAAUAUUUUGUAAAGUGUGAUGAUUUUUAUAAUCACACUUUUUCUAUGCUAGGCGUAUAGCCACUCCUGUCCUAAGGGACAGAUAUAUUGCAGCAGUAACUUAAAACUCGAUAGGGCUUUGCCUCAGGCAUCCCAUUAAUUACCCUGCUUGGCAAAAACAGUGUCAGGUCGUUUCAUCUUCGCUCUUUCGCUAACGUAAACUCUUAUAUCUGUCAUAUGUACCGGGUAAUUUAUGUCUCUUAGAGUGUGUCAUUGAGAGAAAGCAAUUUUCAACCAGUUUUCUAUUAUUUCGUUUUAGAUGCCCCACACGGAAACAGAACAAAGAUUAUGCUAUGUACUUGCUGACGGUGCUUUAUCACGAGUCUUGGGUUAGUAUUAUUAAUGUGAAGAGAGUAUGUUUACUGAACUCUGAACUCACACCGGCCAACAUCCACACGACUCUUACUCAACCCAAUUACUACAGCUUGUAUUUUCUUGGGGCAUGGCUACUUUUCUCUUUAUAAGGUACUACUUGUCCGUCACAGAAUCGCUCCAACCUUUAUGUAGCCAGUAGCCAUUUAUACACAUCCUAGGUGGACGGCGAGUGUGGAACAAAGUAUCUUGACCAGGGCUAUAAAGAAAACAAUAUGAAACCCCAGUAUUAUAUUGUUAGUACCCACUUCAUACACCUUUGACAAAGUAAUCGACUUGGUGAAGAUAGACAAGAGCAUAGAAAUCACCAUAGAGUUGGUUGGAACCUUCUUGUACAACAGCCCCUGUCUCUCAUGGUCUCUAUUACUUUCUACGUACAGAAAACCGAGCCAUGGGAGACUGAGAAGAGUAACAAUGUAGAGGAAAGCGAGGAGGAAGAAGAAGAAGAAAAAGCAAGGAAGAAAAGAAAAAAUCCGAAACGUGUUCGACUGAUUGAUGGCACUCUGUAUAGGAUGAACCAGUAUGGCAAAUAUUUUAAGAUGCAAUUAAAAGUGAAAGAAUGAACCAAGGUCAAAUACGAGCCUUAUGAUUUGAAGUCAGUUUGUGUUGUCACGAGACCAGCAUAUCUGAUACAACGACUAGUCAAUUUUACCUAUUGUAAGUCAUUCCUUAUUGGUGCGGUGAGUGAUGCUGAAUCACCUUACCUAACAGAGCUUCUCUAUUCCCAGAGGAUUUAUCAAAGCAAAGGAAAAACUAGUUUUAUCUGAAUCGUCUGAAUCAACAAUCUGUGAAGAUAUAACGGAGGAUUUCAAUAAAUUUCUCAAGUUCAUAUGCAUAUCGUACAUGUAACCAGUCGACUCGUGCAACAUUUAUAUUCAACCC